UUUGCAUCUGUGGUUGUAAAUGAGCUUGUCAGUCAGUAACUGAACAGUGUAAUCUGCAAACAUUUUUGAGUUUUGGAAUAUUUUUCUUCAUUGAAGUCAGAUUUCAAGUAAAUAUUGUACGCCACUACAUUGCCGUCUCUCGCUAGGAUUUAAAAUUUCAAUAAAUAAUGCCAAAGUCUUGUGCGAUUCCUGGAUGCCACUCUAAGCAUGAUAGCACAGGUAAGACGCUGCUAGUCGGUGUAACUUGCACACCAAUCCUUGCGCAAUGGUGGCGGGAUGCACCCUGGAAUGUCUUCGGUAGUAGUUCUUCCUUGCAAGAUACACAUAUUUGUGUAACACACUUCCGUGAGGAUCAGUUGAAACGAAAUGGUGAGGCACUGUUGGUAAAGGCUAACAGUGUGCCUUCCAUAAAUCUUCCUACCAACAAGAUCGAACUGGGCUUGCCGGAAAGCAAACAAGGACCUCUCCCCGCAGAUGGUUGCGAUCCGUUGCAGGUACAUUGCCGCUUUUGUGGAGUGAAGCAAAAAUAUCCGAUUCAGAACCAUCUGGGAGAUUUGAUGGAAUCGGAAGAAUUGUUGCAACUCUGCCUAGGCAGUGGACGCUUUCUGGAAGGACUUCCAACUGGUGUUUGUAAUAAAUGCUUGCAUAUUGUCAAAUCUACCACCAAUUUUAUCAAAGACUGCAAAUUGGCACAGCAUAAGUUGCAAAAAAUGUUCUCUGAAUCCUCGCAGCAAACCGUCGGUUUAUUUAUAAAAGGAGAAAAUGAGAUAGAAAUUGAUCACUGUUUUGAGAUGUCCGAUAGUGUAUCAUCAAACGAACUAGAUGAUUCCCACAUAGACAAUGAGACGACCCCGUUUUUGGAGGUUGAAGAUGAAAUUCAAAACAACCUGGUAAAUUACGACUUACCGGAUCCGUUGGUGUUAGAUCGUCGAGUACUGUCCGAACCCUGUCCGACCGAGGGUUUAUACAAAUGCUCCACAUGUCAACGCUCGUUUAACAGAAAAAGGGCACUUGACGCACACAAGGAAUCGAUCCACGAAGGAAGAGUAUUUUCCUGUAAAAUUUGUGGUAAAACCAUGGGUUGGCGAAAGACGUUGCAGCGACACAUGAAAAGUCACGAGGAAAAUUACUACAAACACAAAUGCAUAAUUUGCCUUAAGUUAUUUAGCCGUCCCAGUCACUUACGGUUGCAUAUGACGACACACAGCGGUGAGAAGGUUAGGUGUCCAUUGUGUAGUUCUGGCUUUCGGUGUAAUUACAAUCUGGGAGAACACUUGAAAAAAAUUCACAAGAUGGAUAGCAUAUCAUCUAAAAUCAUGGUUCAACAAGUGAAGUCUCAGUCCUGCGGUUCAACAAGUCAAGUAGUCUAGGUUUGAGGAUGUUCGCUGCAUUCUAAGAAGCGGAUUACAGGUGUCGGAUCCGAACUAAAAGAUAGCUAAAUCAAUUGCAGUUUUGGUAUAACAGGAUAACGAUGCAUCACAGAAUAACCCCUAAGAAAAUAAUUUAUAAAUACCUUUCUCUGAUACAUGUUCAAUGGCAUCCAAAAAUAUGCUAAUAAUAUACCUUUCCCAUGA